AUGGCACCCUCCAAAUUAAAGGAAUGGUUUCCAUGGACCACGGCGCCCGUCAUCAUCAACGCACCCAUGAUUGGCGCCGCCUGUCCGGCGCUCGCCUCUGAAGUGAGCAAAGCGGGCGGCAUCGGCUUUAUCUCCUCCAUUGUCAACCUCGAGCCAGGUUCCCCCGAACUCACCAAAGCCCGCGACAACCUCGCCGAGGUCCGGCAUCUCCUCAACCAGCCGCCCCCCACCGGCAGCGUCGUCCACGCGGGCAUGAGCUGCAUCACCGGGCACGCCUCCGUCUCGCACUUUACCGACACCGUGCUCCCCGUCAUUGCGGCGCAACGCCCUGCGGCGCUGUGGCUCUUUGCGCCGGCCGACGCGACGACUCGCCCGCACGCGCGCAUCAUCGCCGCGGUCCGGCAGCAGCAGCUCCCGGGCCCGGCGCCGCGGGUGUUUGUGCAAGUGGGCAACGUAGCGGCCGCGCGCGAGGCCGUGCAGGACGGCGCGGACGUGGUCGUCUGCCAGGGAAUCGACGCGGGCGGGCACCAGUUCCGGCGGGGCAUGGGUGUUGUCAGCUUCGUGCCCGAGGUGAAGCGCAUGCUGCAGGACGAGUUUCCGGAGAGGGAGGUGGCGCUCGUGGCGGCGGGCGGCAUUGUCAACGGAAAGGGCGUCGCGGCGGCGCUGGCUCUAGGCGCGGAUGGUGUCGUCAUGGGCACUAGGUUUACCGUGGCGGAUGAGUCGAUAUAUCCCGACUUUCGCAAGGCGCAGGUUCUCGCGGCCACAGACGGCGGCAAGUCUACGCUCAAAUCGCCGUUCAACGACCAGAUGAACAACAGCGCGCUCUGGAGCCCGCUAUACGACGGGCGCGCGCUCGUGUCUGAGAUUCAUGAAAAGUUCCUCGGCGGAGCGACGCUGGAGGAGUGCCAGACGGCGCUGGCGCAGGUGUCGCCGCCGGAGGAGGCCGCCAAGCUGAUCAACACGUGGGCGUAA